AUGGAGCAAAAGAAUGCAACGUCACUUCCUGGGUUCAUCUUGAUGGGAAUCACAGAGAACUCUGAGCUUCAGCUUCCUUUGUUUGGAGUCUUUUUCACCAUCUAUGUGGUCACCUUGGUAAGCAACCUGGGCAUGAUCAUUUUGACCAAGCUGGACGCUCACCUACACACGCCUAUGUACUUCUUCAUCAGACACCUGGCUUUCAUUGAUCUUGGGAAUUCUACUGUCAUCUGCCCCAGGAUGCUGGUAGACAUCUUUUUGGAUCAGAAAACCAUUUCUUUCUACGCAUGUGCCACACAGCUGUCAUUCUUCCUUCUGUUCAUCAUCAGUGAAUUCUUUAUCUUGUCCUCAAUGGCCUAUGACCGCUAUGUGGCCAUCUGCAACCCUCUGCUGUACGGUGUGAUCAUGUCUCUGAGACUUUGCCAUGUUCUGGUGGGCAUCCCGUACCUCUACGGCACCUUCCAGGCUCUGUUGUUCACCAGUAAAAUUUUCACAUUAACUUUCUGUGGCUCUAACGUCAUCAGCCAUUUCUACUGUGAUGAUGUUUUCCUCUUACCUUUGUUGUGCUCACAUGCUGAGGAAAUACAAUUGAUGAUCAUAUUUUUCUCAGCAUUGAAUUUGGUCUCCUCUCUUCUGGUAGUCCUGGGAUCAUACAUUCUUAUUCUACUAGCCAUAUAUCAAAUGCGUUCUGCCGAAGGCAGGAAAAGAGCUUUCUCUACCUGUGGGUCUCAUCUGAUAGUGGUUGUGGUGUUCUAUGGCACUCUACUCUUCAUGUACUUGCAGCCUAAAUCCAUCCACUCCUCAAAGAAUGAUAAAAUAGUCUCUGUGUUUUAUACUGUAGUGAUCCCCAUGCUUAACCCAUUGAUCUACAGUUUAAGAAAUAAGGAGGUAAAAAAUGCCUUCUACAGGGUAUUAAAUAAUCAAUUUAAAAUUAAUACUUAA